AUGACAUUCUCUUGUGCGCGCAUAAUUUCCAUAAGAAAGGGUUGUAGCUCAGAAACAAACGAGGAGACAUCAGCUCAAUUUUCAAUUGGCCAGAGCCCCAUCUUCUCUUUGACGCACAUCAGUGGACAUAUGAUAACCUGUGGGCACGCACAGCAGAUGAACCCAGAAAGUUUGGUGAAUUUUGAGAUGUUUUUCAGUGAAAAUGAGAAUUUAAGUAGUAAAUUCUUGCAGAAUUUGAUUCAGCCAACUUGUGAUUUGACAGAAAUAAAUGCGGAAAAUGUUUUUGAGGUGAAUGAAUAUUCUUAUGAUGAGAAAUACGAUGAUCAUUCUAAUGAAGAUGAAUAUUCUGACGAGUAUUAUUAA